AUGAAUAGUUACGAAGAAGCAUUGAAAUAUUAUGACUUAGCUAUUAAGAAAAAAACUGAAUUAUAAGAUUAUUAUAACAACAAAGAGAUGACUUUACAACACUUGAAUAGAUUUGAAGAAGCAUUGAAAUAUUAUGAUUUAGCUAUCUAGAAACGACCAGAAGAAUUAUCUGACCUAUUUAACAACAAAGCAAUUACUUUAUAAAACAUGAAUAGAUUUGAAGAAGCAUUGAAUUAUUAUGAUUUAGCCAUUGAGAAAAACCCAGAAUUAUCAAACUAUUAUUUAAACAAAGGUAAUAUCAAAUUGGCAUACUGUUGCAUGAAUAGAUAAGAAGAAGCAUUGAGAUUUUAUGAUUUAGCUAUUUAGAAAGACCCUGGAGAAUCCGACUAUUAUAACAGCAAAGCAUUUAUGUUGGAUAAAAUGAAUAAAUUUGAAGAAGCUUUGGAAUAUUAUGAUUUUGCUAUUGAGAAAAAUCCAGAAGAAUCUGGGUUUUAUAAUAACAAAGCUAUUACUUUAUAACAUCUGAAUAGAUUUGCAAGAAGCAUUGAAAUAUCAUGAUUUAGCCAUUGAGAAAAACCCAAAAGAAUUAUAAUAUUAUAAUAAUAAAGAUAUUACAUUAAAAUUUCAAAUUAAAUUUGGAAAGGCAGAAAAAAUCUAAGAAACCUAUUAUUUAGUAAAGCCCAUAGAAUCCAAAAAUCUUCAUCAAUUUCAGAAUACGAUUCAAUAUGAAGAAUAUAUUUUUAAAAAAACUUUAAAAUUAGCAUAAUGUGGUC